AUGGACGACCCAGUGAAAGACAGCUACGACCUCGAGUCCAUCGGCGGGGACAGCUCGACCGUCGUCUCCCAACCCUUGCCGCGUCAUGCGCACUCCUACUCCCGCACCCGUACAGAGGGGCACAUCCACCUUCCCCCCGGUGUGGGCAUAGACCUUCACCGCCCUCCUACGCGUGGUGCGCCCAACACCACGAGUCGCGUGCCGAUAGAGUUCCGCACUCUUAGCAUCCAGAUCGAGGAGACGCGUCAGUCUGAAGCUCGCACGGGGGAAAAGGAAACGCGCGAGCUGCUUGAUCUCGACUGGCACAUCCUCCCAGCAGAAGACGUCCUCCAGCGGCUCUCUACUUCUCAGCAAGUCGGCCUCGACCAGUCCCAAGCAGCUCGGCGUCUCCAGCAACAUGGGAAGAACGUCAUCUCCCCUCCUCCGUCCAAUCUGCUCCUCAAGAUCAUCGGCUACUUCUUCGGAGGAUUCGGAAGCCUGCUCUUCGUCGCUAGUAUAAUUUGUUUCCUCGCCUGGAAGCCACUUGGAUUCCCGGAUCCUCAGGCGAGCAACCUCGCUCUUGCGGUGGUCCUGCUCAUCGUCGUCCUCAUCCAAGCUGCCUUCAACGCCUGGCAAGACUUUUCAACCUCGCGUACUAUGGCUAGUAUCACGAACAUGCUGCCUGCCGACGUGUCGAUCAUCCGUGAUGGCCAGCAGCGCACUAUUCCGGCGCCUCAGCUCGUGCCGGGUGAUAUUGUCAACAUCUCCUUGGGUCAGAAGCUGCCUGCGGAUAUGAGGCUGCUUGACGUAUCCGGUGAUUUGAGGUUCGACCGUGCCGUCCUGACUGGGGAGAGUAUCCCUGUUGCCGCUACAGUAGAGAAGACGGACGAGAACUUCCUGGAGACUAAGAACAUUGCCCUCCAAGGCACGCUCUGUGUUGCCGGGUCAGGCUUGGGCGUCGUCAUCCAGACUGGCGACUUGACCGUCUUCGGCCGCAUCGCGAAACUUUCAAACAAGUCCGCGACGCAUAUGCCUACACUUGUAAUCGAGAUCCUUCGUUUUGUCCUUCUGAUUGCUAGCAUGGCCAUUGGGGUUGCUGUCAUCAUCGUCAUCCUUUGGGGCGCAUGGUUGCACAAGGCACAGCCCAACUUCAUCAACGUGCCCACCCUGCUCAUUGAUGUCGUCUCGGUCUGCGUUGCCUUCAUCCCCGAGGGUCUGCCUGUCUGCGUCACUCUAUCCCUCGCUAGGACUGCGCAAGUUCUGUCGCAGAACAAGAUUCUCUGUAAAACAUUGUCGACAGUUGAGACGCUUGGCGCCGUCAACGUCAUCUGCUCCGACAAGACGGGCACCCUAACCGAGAACCGGAUGACAGUAGAACACUGCUACACGCUAGAUGAUGAGUUUACCACUCCCGAAGCACGUGAUAAGAUCGUCAAAGGAGGCAUACCGGGCGAGGUUGUACGCGUGCUGCAGACAAUUGGUGCAAUGUGCAAUGCUGCCAAAUUUGUGGCCGAUGAGAAGACUGUUACCGGACAUGGCAAGAUUGCUGGAGACGCGACCGAUACUGCUAUCCUUCAAUUUGCUGAGAGCCUUUCGUCAGCGGAAGACAUUCGAGCGCAGUAUACGGAGAUCUAUAGGCAAUCCUUUAGCUCAAAGACCAAGUACAUGCUAAAGCUCGUUUCUGAGACCGCCAGCAAAGGCAAUAGCGAAUGCACGAUGUUCAUCAAGGGUGCUCCUGAUGUGCUGUGGGAAAGGUGCGGCCACUGCUUCGCCUCUACUACUGGCAACAGUGUGCCGCUUGACCGCGAGUCGAUGGCCAAGCUUGUGGCAGUCCAAGAGCACUGGGCAUCCCAGGGUCAGCGGGUCCUGCUGCUUGCACGCAAGAAGAUCUCGCUAGAGCUGCUUCCUAAAGAUGCGGCGAAGGGCACUCCUUUGUAUGAUCAGGUAAUUGGUGAUUUGGCCUACGACCUGGAAAUUGUCGGCUUGCUUGGAAUCGUGGACCCCCCUCGGGCCGAUAUUCCUGAAACAGUCCGUGUUUGCCGCAGUGCUGGGAUUCGUUUCUUCAUCGUGACUGGAGACCAUCCCAAUACUGCUGUUACGAUUGCAGCCAAGUGCGGGAUUGUGACUCACCCUGAGAAAAUUCAUCACUUCUCCGAUCUCGAUCCCACUAUGGACACCACUGAUAUUGCACAUUUCACCUUCGACAACGAAAACCGCGAAGUGAACGCCGUGGUUCUUGAUGGGUCCGACCUUACCAAAAUGACGACUGCCCAAUGGGAUCAGGUCUGUCAGUACGAAGAGAUUGUAUUUGCCCGUACCUCUCCUGAGCAGAAGCUUCGCAUCGUCACUGAGAUGCAGUCUCACGGGAAUAUCGUCGGCAUGACCGGAGAUGGCGUGAACGAUGCACCCUCUCUCAAGGCAGCUAAUAUGGGUAUUGCGAUGGGUUCUGGCAGUGAUGUCGCCAUGGAAGCGUCAGACAUGGUCCUUCUUGGUCCAUUUUCUACGAUCGUUGUUGCAAUCCAGUACGGUCGCCUUGUCUUCGACAAUCUUAAGAAGACCGUGCUCUACCUGCUUCCCGCUGGUUCAUUCUCUGAGCUCAUGCCUGUCAUCUUCAACGUGCUGUUCGGCUUGCCUCAGAUUCUCUCCAACCUACAAAUGAUUAUCAUUUGCGUCGGCACAGACGUUCUUCCCGCGUUGUCGCUCGUCAUGGAGAAGCCGGAGGCCGACCUGCUCCUCCGUCGUCCUCGCAUCCCCAAGAAGGACCGUCUGGCCAAUUGGCGCCUCAUCAUUCACGCAUAUUUCUUCCUUGGUAUCCUGGAGUCUCUGUGCGCAAUGGCUUUGGCAUACUGGUUCCUCCAGCGCAAAGGCAUUCCUUUCUCGGCGAUGUGGCUCACGUACGGCAACCUGCCCCCAGACAUCGACCCGGAUAAUUUCAAUGAGUUGCUCAAUCAGGCUCAAUCCGUUUACUUUUUCACGCUAGUCAUCAUGCAAUGGGGAAAUCUGCUAUCCACUCGUACGCGUCGGCUGUCAAUCUUCCAGCACCCGCCAAUCUUCAAUCGCGCUACACAGAAUCUGUAUCUCUUCGGAGCGAUGGCUUGCGCGCUUGGGAUUGCUGUUUUCUUCAGCUACAUUCCAUUCUUCCAGAACGUAUUCUUGACGCGUGGUGUUCCUGUCGAACACUACUUCCUCCCACUUGCGUUCGGCAUUGGUAUUCUCUUGAUUGAUGAGUGCCGCAAAUACGGUGUUCGGAAGUGGCCGAAGGGUAUUCUUGCUUGGGUGGCCUGGUAACACAAGUGUUCGCUGGUGUGCGUGUCAAUUGUGAAGAUACGCAUAAUCCAGCAGCUUUCUCAUCCCUUCGCUCUGCAAUCUAUCCUAUCCAUAAUAGACAGGCUGUCGAGUGUACCACGUU